AUGGAUAAGGAUGAGGCAUACAACUUUGUGAGAACAUUGAAGGAGUUAAGCAAGCAAGCAGCAUAUCUACGAGACGAUGAAGGGCUAACACCGUUGUUAAGCGCAGCAAAGUCAGGUCGUUUCCAAGUUGUAAAAGCAAUACUUGAAUAUUGUCCUCAAUCAGCUUAUCUCCGAGAUUCAAGAGGCAAAACCUUUUUGCAUCUCCUGCGGUUCACGGGCGAGGAUGUCGACGAGAGUUUAGCCGGCACAUUUAAGAAAGCUGGGAAACAGUUAUUUGAUAUCCCUGAAGCAGAUACUCAAAGAUUGGUGCAAGAUUAUGAAGGAAGCACACCCCUCCAUGAUGCUAUUAGAACUGGGAACUCUAUUAGUGCAAUUGUAUUGACGCAAAAAUGUUUACAAGAUAAAGAACCAAGGGAACUUGCACUGGUAGAUAAAAGAGGUGACACAAUUCCUGAUUUACUUGCAUCACACGACGUCCCAAAUGAGAUUAUAACCGAAAUUCAGAAAAAAGUACCUCAUGCAGUGUACUUAGCAAGAAGCUCAUAUGGUAUUCGCAAGACAGAAAUGAAAGAGUCUGCCAAUGCCCUUUCUGUGGUUGCUGCCCUGUUGGCAACCAUAACAUUUGCAGCCGCGUUUCAGGUACCAGGUGGGUUUGAUGGUGAUGAUGGUUCCCCCGUUCUUCUGACAAAACCGGCAUUCAUAGUUUUCGUUGUAGCCAACACGAUUGCAAUGUGCUGCGCAAUGCUCUGCCUAUUCUUACUGCUAUGGGUAAUGGGUAUUGGAAAGAUUCACGGUUCACUCGUGGUAUUGGAUAUCUCGAUAUAUUUGCUUCGUGGAUCCUUUCACCUCACCUUGCUAACAUUCACAAUGGGGGUGUUUGUGGUAACUGCUAAAAAGAAUCUAUUGUUAGCUAUUUUCGUCUUUGGACUUUGCUUCUUUACCUUUGUUUGCACAUUUAGAUAUUCAAUCAACUUCCUUGCAAUGUGUAUCAACCUUGCUCUGCGAAAGAAAAAAAAGAACACGAAACCGGUUGGUGAGGGCAGUGAAGGAGGUUCAACCAUUAGAAGACUUGCAGCAUCGGAAGGCAGUCAAAUUGGAAUAAAUCGGUCCACUGCUGCAGUAACUGAAAUGCAUUAAGUUCUACUCAGGUGUACUAUGUGGCUACUACAAAUGUUUUGGAUAUUCUGAUGAUAUUGUUGACAUUGUUUUGUACUAUGUGUACCAUUUGGGCAGAGGGACAAAUUAUUAAUUCAUCAAGUGAUGAAGUGCUUAUUACUAAUGAACUUUACUUAUGGAUUAGUCAAAGAUAAACAACUGUCACGUGUAAUUUAGUAAUUUUAACUAUCCACAUUACUAAUAAGAUAAGAAGUUUCCAAAAUUAGUGGUAACUGAUAACAUGUAUUGGACUGUAUAUAAUUCAGUUUAGAACACUUUUUUUUUUUUUCUUUUUUUGAAUAGAUUCAGUUUAGAACACUUGUAUAAGCUAUAUAAGAUUUUAUUUGGAAUUAGAAUUAUUAGAUGUCUCUGUUGCAGGUUAAGGGUAUAUUGUCUAUCUUUCGUGGCAAAUGUAGUAUAAGGUAAUAGGGUAUAUACACCUUUGGAUUGUGUAAUAAGACGGCAAAAUCUGGCAUAGUAUAUGUCUGUCAUACUGUUUGUAAUCCCAUAAGUGGGGUCGGCUAAUAUGAACCAAAUUUGAUUAUUUCAUGUAGUCAUCAACAUAAAUCUUCCUCUCCAUCCCUUACAAUCCAACGCAUCAUCCUCAUGCAAAUCCAUAUACUUCAUAUCCUUCAUAACUCCUUCCAACCAAGUCAUUUUCGAUCCUCCUCUCCCUCAUUUCACCCCUCCAUGGUCCCACACUUCCACUUUUCAAACCGGUGCACCCUCGGGUCUCGGGUCUCCGUCUUACAUGCCUAAACCAACCCAAACAAUUUUCCCUAAAUUCUGUCUUAUAUUCCUCACAGAGAUAUUUGUAUGUUAUUUUCUAUUCUUGAUGCUGCAGGAUGAAGCACAGAAAAGAAGCUUUCUGGCAUCUUGUCAUAUAUUUCUCAACUCAAACUUCAAGAAUUGGAAUUUUGUUGGUAGCGGGGCGGCAAAUCUUCCAAGAAUCAAAAAUACCUCCCAAGAAUUCUCUUACAGAAGUUCAAUAAAAUGUUUGUUGAUUCAGAUAAAAAUAGGAUCGCGGAUGACAAAUUAGGCUUGUUCAUGAGGUAUGUGCUGGUUCUCACCUUAUUUGUUGACGAGUUUCAGACUGAUUUUACUAAUACUUCCAAGAAUCUGAAGAUGUCUGCUUUGAGUCUAAGACGUUAUUCCGAAAAUUGGGUUGUAAGUUUGCGAGAAGAAAUAAGGUGGCUGUUGCUACCCUUCCUAUUCCUCUCAAGUUCCCAACACUGAGGAAGAGGAGAGUUGGGUAGAUGUAAUUAUGGCUUCUGCUAUGAA